AUGAUCAGUAAAGGCUCAUUACUGGUUUUCGUAUCACAAGUUUUCGCUGUCAUCGUUCACACCUUGGCCAAAUUCCUGGAAACGACUGGCGAUAUAGACCCUCAGCAAAUUCUUCAGGUCCGCAUGUUUGUCACUCUAAGUUUAAACAGUCUUUGCCUCAGGACGUGGUAUUCGCGCGAGCUUCCACUUGGAAGCUAUAACCUCAGGUACCUUUUGGUGUUACGAGUAGUUGGCGGAAUCUGUGGUUCAUUCGGAUUUUACUGUGACGCAACAGUUUUAAAUCUUCUCGCACCUCUGGGGGCUGGAUUUCUGAUCUGUAGAAGAAUUGAUUUGGUUCGUCUCAGUUCGGUAAUGAUGUGUUUACUCGGUGUUGGACUUAUCACCAAACCGGACUUCAUUUUUGAUCAUCUUUACCAUGACAGUGAAUAUCGGCAUGCAGUCUCAGGUACUGGUUUCGCAUUCUCAAUCAUGGGUGUCCUUGGUGGAAUGAUAGCAUACUCCAUGAUCUCAGCUAUUGGUGAAAGAGUCCACCCUUUAGCCGUAACAAAUUGCUUUGCCACAGGCGUCCUGGUUCUGAGCAGCGUCUGUUUCGCCGUGAUACCAGGUAUGGAGUAUCGUUGGGAUCUUAGCACUUUACAAUGGAUUAUCCUUCUACUAAUAGGCAUCACCGGUUCGCUUAUGGAGUACUUUCUUACAGCCGGACUGACCUCAGAACGGGAUGGUACUGCGGUAUACAUGAUAUCAUUGCAAGUGGUUCUGGCACUGAUAGCAGAUGUGUCUAUCUGGGGCACCAACCCAGAUGCUUUAUCACUGAUUGGAUCUGUACUGGUGCUGUCUGCCGUUGUGGCGACUGAGAAAUGGAAAAACACUGUUGAAAAUCAGGAAAAUUUCGAAUUGAGUUGUUAA